AUGGGAAAAGAGAAUGAAGCAUUUGAUGAUGUCGAACUUGGUGAUAUUCCAAAAGCGGGAGCAGAAUUUCAGAACGAAGAAUUUCCCCUUCCACGGCUUAUGCCCUUUCUUAUCAAAGUUUCGCUAACAGUUUGCUUGCAAAUGUGCCUUCUUGGGGCGAUGACGUGCUGGAUCUUGUUUGAUUAUGGGACUGCUUGUUAUAUUUCCGAGAACUGGUGGUUGUACUGGGUCGUUAUUCUUGUCUUUCCCAUCGUGGCCUGUAUUAUGGCUUGCAGUGAUAAGCUCAUGCGGACAUCGCCAUUAAAUAUAAUUUCGUUGGUCGUUUUCAGCGUUUUGAUGGCGUUUAUGUUCGCAUUUCUUGCCGGAAUGUGGUCGACCGCUGGAAGUAACUGUAGCUACGAUGUAUUUUGCAAAGCUGAUGAAUAUGGUUGCUCAUAUGGAAGUAGUAGUUCCAAAUGUGAAGCCGUAGAAACUUGCGUUCAAGAUGCAUUCUCCGUAAUCGUGCCUGCUGGAAUCGGAACCGCGUCAAUUUUCUUUGUCAGCUUGAUUUUAACCGUUUGCGGCUUUGACAUCUUCAAUCAUAUGAAAAUCGUCAUCAUCAUCUAUUUCGUUCUUUCCUGGCCAAUCGGUCUUCUCGGAUGGUUCCUCUUCCCGAUUGAAAUUUACUGGGCAAUGCUUUGUGUCUUCGUUAUCUUCUGCGGGAGCGUUGGAAUUCUUUUUACACUCUCGCUGAUUGUCAACAACAAGUACGACUUUUCGCCCGAUGAGUGGGUUCGAGCAUCAAUGUACAUUUUCAUGCAGAUAGGAAGAAUUUUCAUCUACCUAAUCGCCAUCAUUGGUGGUUCAGACUAA